AUGGCUAGUAAUGAUUCGGAAGAAACAUUACCAAAUUGUCAGACUACAGAAUUGUCAGAUUCGACAGCCAAGGCUAAUGCAUUAGUAGCAUCUUUUAAGCCGAUUGCUUACGAAGACUGGCAUGGGAUGAGCAGUAAGACGAUUGGUUAUGCUGAGAAGAGGCAGGGCCUACUAGGUCAUCCCUCUACCAGGAAACUAAAAGGCUUGCAAAUGCUUGAUAAUUCAAUAGAAUGCAAUCCCCAUUUGGAUUGUGAUUGUAUUGGACAUGCAGUUCAUCUCAUAAAUCGGUUGCCAUCAACAGUUAUUGGUUGGAAAACACCUUAUGAAUUGCUUAUGAACAAAGCACCAGUAUAUAAUUUUUUGAGGGUCUUUGGAUGUCUUGCUUAUGCCUCUACAUUAUCUACUGGACGAAAAAAAGUUUUCACCUCGAGCACGGAAGUGUAUAUUUAUUGGGUUUCAAAGAGAGAUGAUAUUUCAGAUCAAUCUACUGUCCCUCUUCCGGCAGGCUCAGGAUUUGUAGAUGACAGUUUAUGCAAGUCUUUCUCACAACUUGUAAGUGGGGAUGAGGCGCAAGUGGCUUCUAGUGGUGUAGAACCUGGCUUGUCUAGUGGUCACAUGGAUUAUGGAUUUAAUGAGGACCGUGAUUCUACUAGUGAGACAAUGAAAGUCAUCAAGGAGUUAGUGAAAAUGCACAACCUGCCCUGCGUCAUUCUACUGUGUUAUAAUGAGGCUAUUAAGUUUAAUCAUUUGCGAGAGGCUAUGAAAAUCGAAUUAGAAGCACUUCAAGCUAAUAAUACGUGGAUUUUAACCGAUUUACCACCUGGUAAAAAGCCUAUUAGGUGUAAAUGGGUUUACAAGACUAAGCUUCAUGCAGAUGGUUCUAUUGAGAGUCCAGUGGAAAAAGUUACAACCAUACGAGUGUUACUGGCUACCGCAGCUAUGAGGGAUUGGCAUUUGCAUCAACUAGAUGUAAAUAACGCAUUCUUGCAUGGUGACUUAAAUGAAGAAGUUUUCAUGUCCCUACCACCGUGUGUGGACUCCAGCAAACCAGGACAGGAUUUGGGCCCUUUAAAAUAUUUCUUGGGUUUAGAGGUUGCUCGGAAUAAAGAUGGAAUUAAUUUGUGCCAACGUAAGUAUGCUUUGGAAUUGUUGGCGGAGACAAAUUUUUUGGGGUGUAAACCAGUAGGAAGUCCUAUGGUUAUCUCUUCAAAGGAACUACAUGCUGACAGUCCUGCACUCAGUAAUGCCAUUGCUUAUAGGAGGAUGGUUGAUUCUGAUUGGGCAGCUUGUCCAAAGACGAGACGUUCUAUUAGUGGAUAUUGUGUAUUCCUUGGUGAUUCAUUGCUUUCUUGGAAGUCAAAGAAACAAGAAACAGUUUCUCGUUCUUCUUCCGAGGCAGAGUAUAGAGCCUUAGCAACUACUAGCUGUGAGAUCCAAUGGUUGUUAUUCUUGCUUGCUGAUCUGGGAAUUAUGAUACCUUCUCUGGCAUUGUUAUUUUCUGAUAGUCAAUCUGCACUUGCUAUUGCCGCGAAUACAGUAUUUCAUGAGCGGACAAAACACAUAGAAAUUGAUUGUCAUUUUGUCUGA